UUGAAAUCACCUUAGUAACGCAAUUUACGGCCAUUUACACCUCACAGCGCCCUACACUCCUGUCGUAAACUAGUAAGACUCCUCUUCUCCGCAGGCGACGUUUGUGUACAGCUACCGAUGACGAACAGCGCAGAAACUUGUCCUUAUGGGCGCUAUGUUCCGCUGGUUUAAACCGAGAAAAAGCGACUAAACCCCGGCCACAGGAUUCCGUUACAGCACUACCCUGGGAACAUGGCAGCAUUUAUCGCACACCCCUCUGUGAGGAUCAAAGGCACAGAGCACAACUACAACCCUGUUCUGUGUCAGGAUGAAAAGUGUGCUUCCAGUUCCAAAGGGAACCACAUGCAUUGCCCCUUCUGCAGCAUAGCAGAGGCCUACCAGGACCCGGUCAUCCUGCGGGCACACUACAGAGUCAAGCAUGUGGACAAGGGGAUCGACUUUGCAGGCUUGAAGGUGCUACGCUGCUGUAAUCACUGUGAAAUUGUGGGCACCAUUAAGGGGGAAAAGAAGUUUAAAGGAGCUCACUGGCACUGCUACCGCUGCCGCAACGGCUUCAACCGUCGCGAUGAGGCUGUGAAGCACUACAAAACACACUUUAGAAACCCACACACCACCUUCCAGAUCCAGAUCACACAGGAGGUGAACAGCAGGCAGUAUUAUGAACAGAGUGUGGAGGCCCAUCCAAAAGCCUAUGGGGGUCUCGCCAUCACAGCCGGCUCAAACGGAGACUACAACACCAUUGGCUCAGUCCUAGCGCAGACUGUCAUUGCUACAGCAACGGGCACAGAGACCCUCAUCACUGAAGUCUCUAAGGUAAGCAGUGUGAGCAAUGGGAUCACAGUGGGAGCGGAGGAGACAGUGGGGCCCUGCCCCCAGUCCUCGGGGAGACAGACGCUGGUUCUCAUGGACCCCGAUGGAGAGAGUGGGAACCUACUGUAUGAAGAAACAACCAGUAUCAUUACAGAGCAGGGUGGGGAGAGUCUUGAUCAGAACCUCUUGCUGGAGAAGCAGCUGAUAGAGCUCCAUCAACACAACCAGGCACUGCGGCAGGAGAAAGAGGAGGUGGAGAAGAAACUCGGAGCAGAGAUCCAGGAGCUCAAGGACCAUGUGGCUGGUCUUGUCCAAGCAAAUGUGAAGAUGUUUGAAGAACUGCAGGUCUACCGGGCAGCUGAUGACACUGAGCAGAAGAUCAGUAAGCUGAUGGAGUCUAUGGAGAGGCAGCACCAGGAGCUCCUGCAGACCCAGCUGGCAGCCCUGCGGAAGGAGAUGCUGCAGGGGGCAGUGAAUGGGGAGACUGGGGGGACCCUGCAGCUCACCCUGCCCCAGGACAGCGAGGAGGGAGGGGGCAGCGUUAUCUCCUUUCUGGGACCCUCACAUGGCACGGGGACGGGGGCCGAAGCAGGGAUCACCUCGCUGGAGAUCGUGGAGGUGCAGCUUCAACAUACACCCCAUCUCCCCAAAAUAGACAGUCCCCCUACCUCCCUGUACCCUGCGGAGGAGCUGCACGAGCAGGGAGGCUUGUCCCCGGAGAAACGGGACGCUGAGGAGCAGCUUGAGGGGGAGAACAAAACUAAAAUUCAGAGGACCGUCUGAAACUGAAAGACAAAGCAGUUAGGAUCCAGACCUUCCCGUUUCUACCUUCCUUGUUUCUGGGAACUUCCUGCCCACUCCAAGCCUUUGAAUACAGAGGCAGGUGACAACAAAUAUUAUUUCUUUUAUAAUAUUUUGAAGUAGGUACUGGGACCUAACUAAACUGUUCGUUCCCAAUUUGGCAGUGCUGCAAGUCAAAAGUCCUUACUCUUGACAAUACCAGUUAUUUUACAGCAGAACAGUUAUGAAACAUAAUGGAUACUGCAGAAAGGUUUGGCCACUGUUUUCCAUCCCGUCCAGAUAUAUGGGUAUUUAUUGUGCAAAAGCGGAUGUCAUCCACACUAUUAACAAUAUAAUAAAUUUGGAUUCCUAUUCAAAAGGGGAUCCAGCAGGUGUUAUAUUGAAAAACCAGGUAAACUAUAAGAAAAUAACCUUCCAAAUGAUUUUGUAUUGCAUUAAAGACAACUUUUAGUCUAGAAUAUGACAUACUCCAGUACAAGUCGUUAUUUAUCUUUUUCUGUAACAAUUCCCAGGAGCAAAGACCCAUUGUGGUUUUCUCAGUGAUAUUGUGCCUUGCCUACCAGUGAGCUUACUGUAGCGGCUCAUGUGUGCAGACGCCCAGUAUGUGUGCAUACUGGUUUCUAUAAUAUUGGUUUGGAGGCUUCUGAUGGUAAAUUCUUACCGCUUAUAUGCCCUCAGAUGUCUGCUGAAAUCCUCUUCACUAAUGUGUCUGUGAAAGGUUUUUGAAGUGUUACAGACCCCCCUGCAGUGUUUACAAAAACCACAUUACCUGUGCUAUGUCCCGUGCUGUCCAUAUCGCAGCAGCUUUUUUCCUGCAUAUUUCCCGAUAGUGUUGAUAUUUUAUUAUUCAUAUAUCCUAGGUAAAUAAACUAGGGAAUUUUAUGUUUCAUUUUUUUUUUCAACUUUUACUCUGGAAAGUUUGCCAAGAGAAAGAGAUUUUUCUUCUAAACAUCGCAGUGUAUCCAGUUCGUGCUCCCUACUUCAAAAUGAUGGUGGUGAUUUGAAAUGAGUGACGUAUUGUAGGAACAGAAAACCAGCAUUGUUGCAGGAGGGAGCGUGAUUUGGAUACACUGCAAUCCUUAGAGAUUUAUUUUUUCUCCUGGCGAACACUCCAGAGUAAAUGUUGAGAAAUAUAUUGCCCAGUUUAUUUUACCAAUGAUGUGGGAUUUAAACUUUUCAAAAGAGUCAGCAACAUGUUUAAAAAUCUAACGCUGCGAUACGGACAACACAGGACACAGCAAAGGUAACAUAUUGCCUUUAUUGUAAGCUGCAGUGUGUUCUGUAACACUAACUUAUUUUAGCAUAGGGGUAAAUAAGAGUGUGUACUUCUAUAGGGUGCAUUCACACUUCCAUUGCGUUUUGUUUGUGAUAAGAAUUCAUCUCGCCCCCGUGGAUUGCUGUCUUUGUUCAUGUCAUCCUCAUUUUCAAGGAUCAUUGUGCAUGGUUUUUUCAAUUAAAAAAAUGAUUGAGACUUUUUUAAAAAACUACAUUUUAUAAAAAAAACAUAUAACAAUCACUGCUUGUGCUCUUGUAGGACAUGUUUUCCGUACCUUGUCUUUAAACCCAUUUGUCCUGCCAAAUUGGUACGUGGUUUAUUCUCCUCAUUCCAUUCAUUUGUUACAGAAAAUAAGACUCCACCUGUCCCCACAUAGUUUCCUAUUGGGCUUUUCACAUAUCAGUACAUUCAGUGAUCAAAAGCCUAAACAUUUUCUUCUUUUCCACUGUGUGUGUUUUCCACAUCGUUUUUUUUUUUUUUUUUUAUGUUAAUAUGAGGGGUAUCUAAUCCAGGGUAUAUAACACAAAUGGGAAGCUUACUGAGUUAAAAAGCUUUUUAGAACAUUCAAAUAUAACCCUGUAUGUUUUGUAACGGAAAUGUGAAAAUAGCAAAAUGAUGAGACUUUCAAGAAAGUUGAUUUGUUAAUGAAAGGUUAAUUAACUUACGAUUACAUGUUGAACAUGUUGUAAAAAAAAAAAAUGUUUCAGCACCAAAACACAGUUUUGAGUUCUACCGUGUCAAGUUCAGAGGUCGUCCCCACUUGAUAAUUUCAUAAUAAAAUUCAGCAGAGACUGGUAAAUGUCAGAUGUAAUCAAAUCUAUGUACAGAGCAGACAGAAUAUUGAUGACACACAGUGCGAUUCAGGUGUCUGGAACUAAAAUAGACAGGAGAUGGUGACCAUUAUUAACUAUUGCAAAUUCAGUUUAUCUGCCCAUCCUGGCCUUUUAAUUUGCAUGCAACACAACAAACUGGUUUGACCAAAUAAUGCUAGUUCACUUUGUUUUUGUGUUCAUAUUCAUUGCUAAUUAAUGAUCCUACACAUCAUGUAUUAAAACAGAGUAGCUGGAAAUACUAGUGCUGGAACGAGCAAAGGGUUUUCAUGUUCAAAUAUUCUUUCAAAAUGUAAAUUAAUAUUGGAACAUGUGGGAUUCGUACCAUAAUACAGUAAAAAAAAAAAAUUAUAUAUAUAUAUAUAUAUAUAUAUAUAUAUAUAUAUUCUCUCAGGAGUAAAAUACAUGUGGUCAGUGUAUUUGUCCCAGCACUAGGAAACACAGUAAAGCCAUAUACAUUGUUACAUACAGGGUGCUUCAAAAGUCAGUAGGUUGAAAAAGAAUGUGCUGCAAAGCAAUGAGACGUGAAGUAAAAGUAGUUGCAGCUCCCUCUGUGAUGCCAUUGCCUUCCCUAAUGUCUACCGAUCCCACCUGCCAAGUCUACACUGCAUACCUUUUCUUUAGCUAGAGGCUUUUGAACCACCCGAUAAAUGCUGAACAAACUCAACAAUCACAUAUCAACAAUAUUGCAGCUAAAAAUACUAGGACAGUUUAGCUGCCAUACCUAAAGAAGUCUAACUAAACUGAAUAGUAAAUUGAAUAUUCUGUUGAGCCAUUCAUAGGACAUGUUUUAGGGGUGUAUUAGUUAUAGCAAACAAACAUAUUGUAUACUACAGCAUGAAGGCAAGGUAACUAAUGCAGAAGACUUGAGCGUGAAAGAUUAAACUUUUUACACAAUUACAAAUUGUGGCUAUAACCUGGGUUAAGUGAAUUGUUUUAGGUGCCCCUGUACCAUUUUCUAGAGCAAUCUUAUGUUUUCCAUCAACAGUGGAUGUCAUGUUUGUGAGUCCACAGAAAGUCUGUCUGAUUGUGCUAAAGUUUGCUUACCUGUGUUUGAUGUGCAACAAAUUGUGAACAAACUGUAGUUCUAAUUUUACAAUUGUGUACUUUGUAUACAGGGUCAUCUGUGCCUGGCUAGAAAUGUAAAUGGCAUACAGAGAGUUCUCCAGGAAAAGGAUACAAGGCCAUCAUAAACCAGACUAAACCCUUCAGAUGCUCCACAUAAAGACUAGUUGUAUUUGCAGAAGAGGCAGAUGUCUAUGUAAAUCUUAAUAGAUUUGUACUGUAUUUAUAGCUAUUAAGGAAUUUUCCUUGAUAAUAAAGGUUGCAUACAGAACUGACCGGCAAUAUUGUGGUUCAGAAGCCACCUGUCUUGCUUACUUAAAUAAGCUGAACCUUUAUUUUAUUUUUUAACUUUGCCUUAUUACUUCUAAUGUAUGAAUGUAUAGUUUUAUAACAACAUAAAUGGUGCUGUCUUUGCAUCUGCAAGUAAAAACAUCUUUUGUCCUGCUCUUUUUUUGUUGUAGUUCAUUUUGUUCUAUU